AAACCAAAGCAUAUUACACUGAUGUGAUGCCAUUCAUUACAAGCCAGCCAACCUUUUCACAAGAUGUAUCACCUUCUGUACUUGAGAUGAAUGCGCGUGCUGUCACCGCUGCAAAUGAAUGGGAAAGUGAAUGGAAUCAAAGUGGAUUGGCAUCCCGAUUGUCAAAAGAAGAUUAUCUAGCAAGGAAAAGGCAAAGAAUCGAGAAGAAAAUUAAAGAUCAUUUGCUGACUGAGAUGCAAAGGAUAGAAUCAGCUGGCAAUCCAGAUCUCAGUGAGAUUGUGUCUUCUUACUCAGGGAAGUCAUCUGGAGAGGCACAAGACUCAAAAGGAUCUCGUUUCACAAGAGCAGAAAAGCUUCAGUUUUCUCAAGAUGAAGAAAAAAUGGCUKCAAUGGCAGGRCUGAGUGAGGAAGGUUUGCCAAAAGCAGACACUGAAGAGGAAUUGCAAAGGAAGAGAGAAGAGGAACUAGAGUCUUUAAGAGCAAAACUCAAUGAAUUGUCUUCUAGUAUUGAUAAUAGUGAAUCUGAUGUUAAAAAGAUCAAUGCUGCUAUGCAACAGACAAGUGAACAAAUUUCAAGUAAAAAGAGUGAAAAUAGUGAGCAAGAAGAGGCAUACAAAGUCAAGAAAAGAACUGUAGACCUAAUACCUGAUGCAGARAACAAUAUUGCUAAACUUCAGAGUGUGGUUGAUUCAAGUUCACAGAGACUUGUUAACCUUGCUGAACAAUGGGAGAAACAUAGAACAAGUCUUGUUGAUGAAUACAGAGAAUUAAAAGUUGUCAAUUCCAAUCGAGUG